GCUCCGCAGACGCCGCAGACGCGUCUGGUGGUACGGGCAGAGCAGGCCUGCUCUCCCCACGACGCCCGGUGUCACCGAGCCUGAGGCCUCCGAAGUAUCACUGACAACAGGGACACAGGCAUUUAUUUAGCUAAUUGCUGUUUGUGGUACAUAAGCUGUGUGAGCCACAGGCACUUCAGCUAAAGCACAACACAGAAACACCUUCCACCUUGGCAAAGGUGGCACCAUCAGCCAGGGCACAUCUUUGCCAGUAAAUGAAGUAUAAAAUCAUCCCAGAAUGGUUUGAGUUGGAAAGGACCUUGAAGCUCAUUUCAUUCCAAUGCCUUGCCCUGGGCAGGGAUACCUUCCACUAGACCAGGUUGCUCCAAGCCCCGUCCAACCUGACCUUGAGCACUUCCAGGGGCAGUCACAGCUUCUCUGGGCAGUCUGUGCCAAUGCUUCAUCAUCCUCACAACACUCAAGCUUUGGGAACAUGGCUAAGGUUUUGCAUGAGACUGAAACCACUUUGGACAGUACCCCACCCAGAGAAGAACAGGACGACAAUGUCACCAUGAAGCAGUACCUGAGAAACAAAAACCUUGUUCUGGAUUUCCUGCGCUCUGACCUGAACCCCCACCACCUCCAGUACCACUGGAACAAAGUUCAUCUUCUGAAGAAGUGUUACUUUUACUUGAAGUUUGAGCCCAGACAUGUAUGUGUGAGAGACCAGAACAAUAUGAUGAUUUUUGCUGACAUCUUGCAAAUAGCAAACCCCUGCCAACUCCAGAAGAUCAAGAAGAUGGGAAAAAAACAGACUGAAAUCCAGCUGGCACUUUUAACUGAGCUGUUGGAACAGCUGGAACGAGGUCGGGAGGAGCUGAGCCAUUACGUACAGAUCUGUAACGUAGAAGCUUUCCUUUCCCAGUGGGACUUGAAUAUAAAGAGAGUGCUCAAGCUCUCCAUGCUUUUCAAUAAGCUCAUUUCCUUGGAAGAGCCAAGGAGGCUCCAUGUCAAGCACAGUUUGGUGUCACAGAUACAUCUUGGAAGUGCCCUACACCCUCCCAUUACUUUUUCUCUCUAUACAAAGAAGCCGCCGAUUUUUGAUCGGAUAGAGUCGUUCGCAUGCCAGACCUGGGCCCAGCUCAAGUGGUUCAGCGAAAGUCAAGAGUCACACCUUGAACGAUGGCAGCUGGAGAUCAAGCUGGUGACAGAUGACAGUCAGACAGAACCAGGAUACCGUCAGACCCAGGAAGUCAUCUCCAACCCGUGUGUAAUCAACCACCUGCUGCCUGGCAGGUUGUAUGAGUUCACAGUGAGGAGAUCCUACACUCACACGCUCGUCUACUCACAGUGGCACGACUGCAUUAUAUUGAAGACAAAAACUCACCCUGCUGAAGAUGCCAAGGAAGCCCCCAACUGCAGCCUGAUGAGGCGGUUCACAAGACCGACUCCCUCAGUUUAAUGGUUUAAUGAAAAAGAUGAAUAAGAGUAAUUAAAACUAAAUUGUUUAAACA